AUGACCAGCAUCGAUGAGCUCUUCAAGAAACCUACGUCGGCAGCGAGCGCAAAGCGUAAGCUAGAUGCCAAUAGUGACCCCAGUACGUUUCGCAUAACCUAUCGCUUUCCUCCGUGUGACAUGACUGAUUCGCAAAACGAAGAUGAGCUCUACAAGGCGGCCAAGCUAGACGCGAACGGCGAUGUGAAAUCCGGAAAAUCCCCCAUGGUCGAGGAUGAAGAAGACGACGGCGAGGCUGGCCCUGAGCUGCCUCCGGACUUCGAUGCCGAAGAUAUCCCCGACGACGAAGAAGGGCGCUUUUUUGGCGGAGGAAUGGAACGCCAAACCGCGCAGGCGAUGCAAUACAUUGAUCAGCACGAGGAAGGGGGAGCAGAGCCCGAGAAAUUCGACGUCGCUUGGUUGCGGCGAUUUGCUCUCAAUUUCGAAAAGAAGAUAUCCAAGAACGCGGAGCUUCGUGGGAAAUUCGAAAAUGAACCCCAGAAGUUUAUGGCCUCCGAGGCCGAUUUGGACAAUGAAAUCAAAGAGCUGUCCAUAUUGUCCGAGCAUCCGGAACUCUACAGCGAGUUUGCUACCAUGGGCUGUGUCGGAUCACUGAUUUCUCUCCUUUCGCACGAAAACGCAGAUAUCGCCAUUGAUGCUAUUCAGAUUAUCAGUGAGUUGACGGACGAAGAUGUCGAAGCGGAACAAGAACAAUGGGCCGUCUUGGUCAACGCAAUGUUGGAUGCCGAUCUUAUCGAGCUUCUUUCUCAAAACCUAUCACGACUAGACGAAGGCUCAGAAGCCGAUAGGGCAGGAGUGUAUUAUGUACUAGGCGUUGUGGAAAAUCUUGCCUCGCAAACCUCGAUCGCGGAGCGAAUUGGACUGGAGUCAGGGAUGCUCCAGUGGCUCCUCACUCGCGUGCAACAGAAAGAGCGGCCAGUGAGCCAGAAUCAGCAGUAUUCGGCCGAGAUUCUUGCGAUUCUACUACAAUCCUCCUCCAAAAUCAGGGAGAAAUUCAUCAGCCUAGACGGAGUGGAUGCUCUUCUCCAGUUACUCAGUCAAUACCGGAAACGGGAUCCCGAGAAAGAUUCUGAAGAAGAGUACGCAGAGAACUUGUUUGAUUGCCUGAUAUGCCUUGUCGAUGAGGACGUCGGGAAGGAGAAGUUCUUGGAAGGAGAGGGUGUCGAGCUCUCGCAAAUCAUGCUGAAAGAAGGAAAGUUCAGCAAGCAGCGUGGCCUACGGGUGCUCGAUCACGCUUUAGGGGGGCUAGGAGGAGCCCCUGCUUGCGAACGAUUAGUAGAGGCAGCGGGUCUUAAAACUGUAUUCAGCAUGUUCAUGAAAAAGCAAGAGAAUCAGAUCAUCGAGCACCUCUUGGGUAUUUCCGCAUCUCUUCUGCGUCUGUUGCCAGGGGGCUCUGCCGCACGUAUCCGAACUCUCGCGAAAUUUAUGGAGAAGGACUACGAGAAGAUCGGGAAGCUGAUCAAAAUGAGACGGGAAUAUGCGUCGAAAGUAACGCCAGUUGAAGAGGCCAUUGCCAAGGAACGGAAGAGCUAUAAUGAGGAGGAACAAGAGAUCAUGGCAGCCGAGUGGCUCUCGCGUCGUUUUGACGCCGGUCUGUUCUCCGUACAGCUCAUUGACGUUAUUUUGGCCUGGCUGGUGGCUGAGGACGACGGCGCGAAAAGAAAGAUAGUCUCCCUCCUGGCAGACCGCGACGAGACUCUAUCUCUCAUUCACUCUACCCUCAAAGAGCAAAUUGAGGGACUAGUGGAAGAUGACCCUGGGCAGAAGGAUCACAAGGAAAUGCUUGAGACGCUCCUGCAGUUUCUGUAA